AUGCUCACCGAACUCGUCACAUACGGUGACCUCUACUCCUUCUUGCGCAAGAAUGGUGACCGGCUUCAAGAAGACACUGCCGCCCUGAUAAUCCGACAGGUUCUUCUUGCCGUCGAGUAUCUUCACGACCGGCAGAUUGUGCACCGAGAUAUCAAGCCAGACAACAUACUUGUUACAUCGUUGGAGAACGGUGGAAGGGUCGUAUUGGCUGACUUCGGUUGCGCCAAGCGGAUGAACCGGGGUUGUCAGCGGAUGAACAGUCUGGUUGGGACCCGUGAAUACUGUGCACCGGAACUGCAGCCGGUGAGAGAGAAGGGCUACAGCAAGGCCGUCGACAUGUGGGCGAUUGGAUGUACAGCUGCAGUGCUCUUGGUUGGAGACGUCCACUACAAUCAGUUCAACAGAUCGUAUGAGCGGGCCGGGGCCAUGUUGGAAGCGGACAUGGAAGCUCUUCGGAUCAGCCCACGGCCAAAGGACUUCAUGCAGCGUCUGCUCGAUGUAGAUGAAUCUUGUCGAAUGGACGUGAAACAAGCGCUGCAGCAUGAAUGGUUCACUCACGCUUCGCAGGCAGGCUGGUUCAUCGAAAAGUACCAUGACGCAGUUGAAGACUGGACUCCCCACGUCAUUGGCGAGUCGAUUGUUAUCGAUCUGGAUAGUUGUCAGAAGGACUCCGAUUCGAUGUGUGCCGGUCCGGUCUCCGAGGUGGAUUGUGCUCCCUCAGGACCCGAAGAGAUUCCCAAGCUCAUGGACGAAUGCCCGUCCCGCGAAGUCCCUGAUAGCUCAUGGGAAGAUCUUAGUCUCUCUAGGCCUCAACCUCUGAAUACGUCAACAACAUCAAUGCCCCAGAUGCCCAAUCUUGUCUCCUUCCCUCCUAAAGAAGAAGCCCCGCAGAUCCACGCCCUGGAAGUUGAAAAGGAAGUUGGGGUCGAGUCUGAUGGCUAUGAGUUUGUGAGCCAGGUCAGGCGGGAGCAUGUUGACCGACACAGACACCGCGUGGAGAGAAAAUUCCUGUACGUUUCAACUUUUGAUGGGUUGAGCGGCGAAAGAUCUGCAGCACAGAUUGAGUCGAUGAUUCACACCAAGGAUGCAAUUGCUAAAUCUACUUUCACAGUCGCCGCGGCAAAUGGUUUAGGAAGAUCUUCCCUUAUUCCCCGGGAGGAUCGUGCAAGAGCUGAUACUGGACAAGGAGGGCCAUCCGCUUCCAAGAGACCUUUUCGAGAUGAAAGCGAUGAUCUUGGCCAAGUGUAUGAGGAGGUUUACAAUCCCAUCACCGGGAAGCGCAAACGUUUUGCUUACGGUAGGAAUGUGGAGUUGUUGGACAGACUGCUGUGA